AUGUGCGACAACGCGAAGACGUUCGUAGGAGCGAAGAGAGAACUGGACGACCUGGCGAAGCUGUUCUGCGAUCAACAGUUCCACGAAGCGGUGGUGAGAGACGCGGCGAAAGAGAGCAUCGAGUUCAAAUUCAUUCCGCCAAGAUCACCGAAUUUCGGUGGAUUGUGGGAAGCAGCGGUGAAGUCGUUCAAGACGCACUUCAAGAAAACGAUUGGACUGCGAGUGCUGCAGCACGACGAGUUCGUGACUGUGUUGGUGCAGAUUGAAGCAUGCCUGAACUCUCGCCCCCUGACACCCCUCAGCAGUGACCCGAACGAUCUCGACGUCCUCACCCCAGGUCACUUUCUGGUCCAAAGACCACUAGCAGCGGUGGCAGAACCAGACCUGGCGGAAGUCCCAGAGAACAGGCUGUCAGCGUGA